AAUUGAUUGCGUCAUGGUUUAAUGGCAUUAGUGAGCCAUACCGAGUAAGCCACUUUCGAAAUUCAUCAGUACUACUGAAUACAACAAACCGAACGCAAUGAGUCAAGUACUACGGAUACUUUACUGUCCUCCCAUUUUGAUGCUGCUGCUUUUGCGUGCUGAUGAGGCCAACGGUAAGGGCAUAUGCCUGUAUUUCAGUGAGAAAACAGCUUCUUGGUUCAGUGCCCUGUCCAUCUGCAAAACCCUCCACAUGUGCUUGGCUGAUCUAAACACCGAAGUUACCCUGAUCCAGAUGAAAAGCAAAAUAAACGUAGACGACUACGAGUACUGGUUUGGAUUGAAUGCACACGAUAAGCCCACGUACAGAUACGUUUCGAACAACAAGUCCAUUGAGUACUCCCCGCACAAUUCAAAGCUGGUGAACAACGAAGGAUGCGUCUAUGUUAAGCACCAGAACGACUUUUUCAAAUUUGAAUCAGCAAAGUGUCGCGAACACCGCAGAUUCAUCUGUACUAAAACCGAUGAAUGCGAUGGAGUUAGCACGAAACCUGGAAAUUCAAACUGCGUCAUAACCGCAGAGGAACGAGAUAUUGUGGCCUACUAACUUAUAGUUUACUGGAGACAAAUAAAUGGUUUUUAGGACAAUACA